ACGGUGUUUUGGGACUCCUGAACCUCAAUGCAAAGCUAAUAAUCCUAGAAAUCAGCGGUGUGUGUGACACUCACAUCCACUCUCCUCAUCAUACACGCCCAGGAGGAUGAACAAACACGUUAGAGGAGAUGAGAACUGCACUUAAUGUCACUUUUUAAACUCUUUUUCUGUUCUGUGGGAUAAUGCUCGGCUAAUGUGAUGGUAACGUGGCUCAACAACGCCGGGGGAUUUCAGGAACUUUUUUCACCUCGGAUGCUCCGGUUCUAAUUCUUUUAUCAUUUAGAGUUGUCUUUAAAUAGCCACUAAUUGUCUAACAUAGAUCAUUAUUUUAUAAUAUUAAGUAUGUAUGUUUUUUAAAUCGCCAAUAUUUUAAAAACAUUUAAGCUGUCUGUGUCCGAUAAGAGCCCAUUUAUCCGGUUAAAAUCUCGCAGAUUCAUUCACGGGUGGUUUACUGUGCACUGGCGUGUGUUAAAAAUGUUACUUAGUCUGUAAGUAGUUGUUCAGAUGCUCUAAUAAUUUUAACAUCUGAUUUAAUAAUUGUAUUUUGUGUUAAAACACAUCUGUCUGUCGCUGUCGUGCUGAAGUGAGAUUCACGAGCCUCGGUCCAGCGUUCGCGUGAUUCCACCCACCCAAACUUAAAUUUUUGCUGUUUGUGAAGGAGUGUUAUUAGUCAAUACUAGGAAGUAAACUGUCUUUAUUGUGUUGGGAUGCGGAAGGUAGAGGAGUAGGUCUGAUGGUAAACAUGUUAAGGGUUUAAAGUGAAUGGCUCGGUGAUCAUGUCGUCUAUGGAGGGUGUUUUCUCCUGGGUGAGUGACUGGCAGUGGCUCUGCGUGGUCACUCUCUUUCUGGCCUCUGUUGUCACUUUGAUUAUAUACUUGGUGCUGUAUUUUUCCAACGAACCUCCUGUUGGGAAAACACCUCUCAGUCAUGUGGAUUCUGAGGAAGCCGAUGGGAUUUUAUGCUGGGUACUGUCUCUGAAAAGCUGGAAGAGUCAGUGGAGACGAGCCUGGUUCAGGAGCCUCAAUGAAGAAGCUAGGAGAUCACAGAGUGGGAUUCAGCUGACAUUUGAAGAAGAUGGUGUUCAGUCAUCAGAACUGGCUUUGGACCAGAUUUCAAGCUUUACGAAAACACCCGGUCAAAAGAAUGCCCUGUGUCAGGUGGUUGGAAACAAGCUGCAGUUUUCUCUCAGUGCUGUACCAAGCUCACCGUCUUCAGAAACCCCCCUGAGAUACAGUGCGAAGAUAUCUCCACUUCGUCUGCAGGAAGUAAGGAACAAGACCUUGCAGGUGACCUCACCCCCAAAGCCCCCGCGGGCUCAUGAGUGGAAACUAUUAGUGAAGAACAUCCGGGUCACAUGCAAACAGGAGGAUGGUGCUGCAGGCGGCAUGAAUCCCCAGUGUAUCCUCCAAUUGGAUGAUCCUCCUCAGAAGGUCACCAGUUCAGUCUUGACUAACACAUCCACCCCAGCCUGGGACCAGCCUUUCAUAUUUGAGCUUAGCGGACGGUCAAAAGAGCUGAAUAUUCAGGUUGUGGAUAACGGCAAACCUCGGGAGACCUCUUUGUUAGGGCAGGUAUCUGUGCCUUUUGAUCUAGUGAAGAAACACCCCAAAGGUCAACAGACCUUUUCACUCAUGGCCAAAGAUCAAGUGACUGGAUCACUAACUACUGAGUUCACCUACCUGGAGCCCAGCGAGGUGCGUAGCUGGCAGACGCCCACGCCGGCCCCUACUAAGAGAGUGGAGAUGGACCGCACUGUGAUGCCCUGUGGCACCGUUGUUACCACUGUCACUGCUGUGAGGAGCAAACCAGGACGAGCUUUAGCACCUGAAUCCAAAUCGCCUUCUAAAAACAAGCUGGCGGAGAGAAGGGUGUCGGAGCAGACAUCAUUGCUUGGAGCCAAAGUUAGCAAAGCCCUGUCAUCAUCAGAUACAGAGUUAUUGAUGUUAAACGGGACCGACCCUGUUGCCGAGGCUGCCAUCAGACAGCUGCAUGAGUCGGCAAAACAGAAGCUCAAAUCUCCUGUCAAAAAGAGCACCAUCAUCAUCUCAGGAGUGACCAAGGCCCCUCUGACACAGGAUGAGGAGAUGACUCUGAUGGCAGGAUAUGCAGCUGCGAUGGACGCUUCAAUGUCCGGAGUAUCUGAAGGCACCAGCAGUGAAGUGUUACCAACAGUGGCAGAACCCGGCAUUCUCGAACCCACAGAGUCUCUGGCAGGUGCGAAUGGCACAGACCACAUGGAGGACUGGGAGAGCCAGGCCGGAGAAGACCCAGAUGCAGAUAAAACGUCUCUGUCCCUCUGUAUCUCUGAAAUGGGUUCCAAAAAGGGAAAAGGCAGCUUCCUGCACAAGAGUGCCAAGCUAUUCUUCAGGCGGCGACAUCAGCGAAAGGAGCCUGGAAUGAGCCAGUCCCACAAUGACCUGCAGUACUUGGAGCAUCCCGAGGCGGCCAUGAUGGGCGACAGGGAAAAGAGGACGGCCACCUUCAGGCGCAUCAUCAACCGCAAGCUUCUACCCAGGAGCAAGAGCAAAGCCAACGGCACAGUGAGAGAACCGCCCACAUGAACUGCCCACUCUGUCGCCUUCAUCAAAACUAGUAGCUUUUGCACCUCUUCAUCUUUCUAACAUCCUCCCGAUCACAUUCAUUCUUGUAACUUUUAUGCAAGUCAUUGCUAGUUUCUGGGCCAUAUUUGCCAAAACGUCUGCGUAGCAACAAUCACUCUCAUCAACUCCAUAUUAACACCAUCAUCCAGAUUUCCUGAAAACCUAUUCCAUUAUUCAGACCUCUCAGCUUGGUUCUUCUUGAUCAGCUCUAUGAAGUCCGUCUGCCUGGCGCUAGAUUCAUUUCUUUGUCCAUGUAGAGGGACAUUAGGGGCGCUUUCCCUACUUCACAGUUCUGUCCACACCUUUCACCAUCAUCUUUGAACUUUGUGCGUGUGUUAAUGCAAGAAAGUUUACAAAACAUCAUCCAAAUGAGCACUGGCUCUCUUCGUCACUCCAAAUGACUCCGUGUCAUUUAACCUUUUGCAAAUAUUGAUCGUCAUGCAAAUGAUAUUCUGCGUUUGUGGCCUUCUAACUAAAGCUGGAUUUGAGGACAACCCUUUCUUGCCAUCUACCUGAGCUUUAACCCUCUGGCGACCUGAUGAAUCCUGGAAUAUCAGACAAGGGAAAACCAUCGUUUUGAGUUGCACUUAUUUAUAUGCUCAGAACUCAUUCCAAAUGCAUUUGCAGGGAUGUGCAGUGAAUUCUGUGGGGUUUGGUAGUGAACAUGCUUUAUAAAAAAUGAUGUGAAAGACCUCUGUCUUAAUGUGAAUUGAAUAUGAGAGUUUUCCUUUUGUUAAGGAGACAAAUCUGCAGUUCCACCAAAUUUGACUGAAUAGUGAGUUUUAUUUUCAAAAAUUGUGCAGCGAAACAUUUUCAAACAGAGCAUAACAUUUAAAAUGUUCUGGUUUGGCACUGAUAUGUUGGCUUUAAAACAGGUUUGGUGUUUUAUUCAUCUUUUAAUUUCUAAAUAUUCUAACAGAGAUGGGAAAAUAUGAAUAAAUUAUUUUAUUUUAAAUAUUUUCCUUUUAUUCAUACAUUGUGUACUGUGUAAUUAAUGUGUAAACAUGUUUA